AUGGAACCUAAAAACUAUGCGACUUUACGCUCUUUGCUAAAAAAAGAACAAGGGGAAAAAAUCGCCUCAAAUGUUUUUAAAUUGGAGAAUGUUCAAUCCAUCAAAAAAUAUUUAGAUCAGCAAAGAAUCAUUUACGAAACUUAUCAGCCUGAAACUAAUUCUCAAACAAAAAGAGCAAACGACAAAUUAAGAGAACAGUUAAUUGCGGGCUAUAAAGCCAGUGCAAAAAGUAAAAGAUUAGCCCAAGAAGAUGAAAUUUGGGAAGAGGCCAUUAUAGAUUUUAACCGCAAAAGAGAGAAGGAAAUUUUUAAAAUCCGCCCAGCUAUGGUAAUUAGCGGCAAUCUCCAAAAUGAGUAUGAUAAGCAAAUGUUGAUGGCUCCCAUUAGUGCAGAGGAAGAAUUAACUGCAGAAGAAAUUAAACUAUUUUCAGUGCUAGCCAUACCUAUUUCUCCCACACCUGAAACUGGAAGAGUUAGUCCGCAAUUAAUAUCGCAAGUAAAAAGCACUUUAAAAAAAGUUUUGGAACCUAGUGAAGGAAGUUUUUUAUCUAAUUUACUGGAUAAGUUUAAAUUCUUGUUGGGAGUUUGUAUUUGGGCUAGUUUGGGAGUUUUAGUAGGAGGUUUAUUAUUGGUUUUGUUUAAGAAUAAAGGGCAACUAAUAAUAGAUAAUACCCCUGAAUUCUUAGAAUUUUGUAAAAAAAGCAACGGUUUGGUUUUUUUUGGUCCCAUAGGAAGUGGGAAAACAGCAAUAUUGGCUAUGUUGGCUAAUGAAUUACCUGGGGAGAAUAAAUAUGCUACUUUUCCUUGUCAACUUCCUUGGGCGGAGAAGGCACAGUUGGAUUUUUCUUAUGCUCCUAGUCAAAAGUUAGGGGUGACUGAAACUAUUUUUUUGGAUGAGAUUAACUUGUUAUUUAAGGGGAAUAUAGUGCAGGAUGUUAGAGAAAGACAAAGAUUUUUAAUGCAUUUUAUUGCUUUAAGUAGACAUCAAGGCACCCGCCUAUUCGUUAACGCCCAACGCUUAGGUCAGGUAAGUAUUGAACAACGAGAAGUAACCACCGAAGCAGCCGCUUGGACGAAUAGUAAAACGGAACAGGGAUUUGUGAUUUUUGUGGGGAAGAAAUAUUUGGAUAGUUAUAAUUCAUAUUGGUUGAAAUCUUUGAAAUAUUUACGGCCAAAGCAAGGUUUCUUUCAGGCUAACCCUAACGUUCGUCAAAAAGCAUUUGAUGAUUUAAACUUAAAAGGAACUAAGCAGGCCUAUUUUACUUCUUAUUCUAACAGCCAACAACAAGAAGUAAAGGAAUUACAAAGCAAAGGAAUAUUAGGAAAAUAUAACCUUAAUGAAAAAGAUCAGUUAAUUAGUAAUUUAGAAAAUUCUAACGAAUUGGGAGAUUUUACUAAUCCCACUUAUAAUCAUAAAAAAAGGGCUAGAACAGAAAAUUAUAAGAAUACAAUUAAUCCUAACCAAGUUCAGGAAGUUCAAGAGGCUUAUCAACAAGCACAAGCAAGCAAUAUGGCAAAUGAAACAAAGACAGAAAAUCAAUAUUUAGAAGAAUACAAUAAUCUACCACUAGGAGCAAUAAUAGAAAUGGAAAAUUAUGCCGGUUGGUGUCCAACUGAAGUAAAACAAAAGUUAUUAGGCAAAGUGCAGAAUGGCAAUGGGAGAAGUCACAUAGAAAAUGAAAUUCCAAGAAGAAUAAAGUUAUGGAGGGACAAGAGAGAAGUAGAGGGCGAUAAUUGGCUUGGUGUAGAAUUUGAAGAAGAAAUUACCUAUGCGAAUAAUAGGAAAGAUAAUAAACUUUUUGUUUUUAAAAAUACUUUUUACUGGGAUAGCGAUAAUGAGGCAACUGCCCAUCAAAAUGCUGAUGUGUUUUAUUUCUUUAUUCAUCAUCUUACUAAAAAAGUUGAAAUACCAUUUAGACGGUUUUACAAUAAUAAAAAUGAUAAAGAAUCGUUCUUUUGCUUAAGCGAUAAAAGAAUCAAUGUUGUAGAAAACGAGGAACUAAACAAAAGACUUGAGGGAAAAAUUGCAAUUGAGGAAAGUAACCAGCCAAGCGUAACCAAUUAUCAAGCAAUAUACCCAAAUAUAGAUAUUGAUUGGAAAGAUAGUCGAGGUAGUCAACCAUCAAUAUUGCCUCUUAGGCUUAUUAAUAUUCAAAAAAAAGAAAUAGAAAAUGUAAUACCUUCUCCUUCAUCCUUUGAAGAGUACAAAAAUUACGCCAUUUUAUCUUAUUCCAUAGUGGAAAUAAAUCAAGAAAUGCCUAAAAUGCGCCGUUAUUAUGGCAAUUCUACCUUAACUUUGGUAGCAAUUCAAACAGAACUUAAAAAAGAAAGCAAAAAAACCCAGGGGGCAAUUGGCAACCAACCAGAAAAUACUGAAGAAGAACUUAAAGGUUUUGAAGAAUUUCGUCAAAAAUACCCCUAUGAAGAGGAAAAGAAGUUAGGAGAAAGUGCGGUAUCACUUAGUUUAACGCAGUCACUUAUCGCGAUGAAAGGAUUAUUACCUUAUGGUAAUCAAGUGAAAGUUGAUAUUAGUAAAUCUCCAGAAGAAGCCUUACUAGAGAUUAUGAAAAUUGCUGUUCAGAAUGCAGAAAAAAAUCUGGAUGUUUUUUGUGCUCCGGGUACUGCUAAAUUUACCGAAGAUGGUGUUAUGAUAAUGAAGAGAGCCAUAGAAUAUCCUAUAACCAAAGUUGGUGGUAUUGUUCCUUAUGAAAGAAUUGAAGAAUCUAGCAAGUUCUUCUAUAGACUAAACAAAAACAAUGAAAUAGAGAAAGAUUCUUUUUCUAAAAGAAAGGUUACAGUAAAUAAUAACAUAGAAAUAAUCUUAGAAGGAACAAAGGAAACUCUAGGGGAGCCAGAGAAAGAAGGAAAAAUAGAUCAAUGCAAAUUGAUAAAAAAAACUGCUCGAGGGUACCGUAGAAUAGGCUUAGUUAAGUUGGAAGAAAGUGGUAAUGAGUUGGAAAGGAAAGUUGACAGCCAGUUAGAAAAUCAAUUUGAAGCACAUAUAGAAGUAGUGGAUAAGAAAAUAUCUUCCAAAUUAGGAAAAAACUUAGAAGGUCAUUUAGACUUAAAAGAUUUCACUAAUUUAGAAAAACUGGAUUGUUGCUUUAAUCAACUCACCAGUUUAGACUUAACCGGUUUAAAAAAUUUAAAAGUUCUUUAUGCCAAUGAUAAUCUCUUGACUAACUUAGAUUAUUCCUCCUUAGACCCACAAAAAUUAACCGGACUAAUCAUCGACAAUAAUAAUCUUCCGGAACAGGAUAUAGAAGUCUUUAAAGAGUUUACCAAUUUAGAAGACUUGCGUAUUGGCAGUGAUGAUAAAGAAAAAAUAGACCAAGGUGUUUACAAUCGUUUUAUUGGUUCUCUCGAAUCUUUAAAAAAUCUAAUUAGGCUAAGUGAUUUAGGAAUUAGCAACACUGAUAUAGAUAGUGGUGUUAAUUGCCUGCCAACUAGUGUCACCAAGAUUCGCUAUUCCACUUCUCAAAGGCCAGAAAACAAGUUAAAAGAAAUAACUGAGGAACUAAAUUCUUUCCUUAACCGGGAAACCAAUGAGAAUUGA